AAAUUUUCUGGUGCAUUUGAUACUCUGGUAAACCACAUAACUAUUGAAAAUGGCCAAGAUUUCUCAAGACGUUUCUUCUUCCCGUUCUAAAGCUAGAAAGGCUUACUUCACUGCCUCUUCUGUUGAAAGAAGAGCUUUGAUGUCUGCCCCAUUAUCAAAGGAAUUAAGAGAACAAUAUAACAUCAGAUCCCUCCCAAUCAGAUCCAACGACGAAGUCUUGGUUGUCAGAGGUUCCAAGAAGGGUUCCGAAGGUAAGAUCUCUUCUGUCUACAGAUUGAAGUACUCUGUCCAAAUUGAAAAGUUACAAAAGGAAAAGUCCAACGGUGCUUCCGUUCCAAUUAACAUCCACCCAUCUAAGGUUGUUCUCACCAAGUUGCACUUGGACAAGGACAGAAAGGCUUUGAUUCAAAGAAAGGGCGGUAAGGCUGAGUAA